CCCUGUUCCACUCCGCUAGUCCCCGUCGUUCGGGUGGGAUUGCAUACAGACUUUUGCGACGGACUUUUAUGGGAACGAGGAGCUCGAAAAUGGCAGCCCCAGUCAUCGUCCCUGCAACAGAGCAGCACACUGCAACGGUGAUUUUCCUCCACGGUCUCGGGGAUACUGGUCAUGGGUGGUCCGGAGAGCUUCAGCGAAUUCGGAAACCCCAUAUCAAAUACAUAUGCCCAACCGCACCUUCGAUCCCCGUCGCGUUGAACAUGGGGAUGCGCAUGCCAGCUUGGUUCAACCUCUACUCGCUAGAUGCCGAAGGCCCUCAAGAUGAAGCCGGAAUCAAAGCGGCCAGUGAGACCAUCCAGAAAAUCAUCAGAGAUGAGGAAUCGGCAGGGAUCCCUUCCGAGAGAAUAAUUGUAGGCGGUUUUAGCAUGGGCGGGGCUUUGGCCCUCUUCUGCUCGCUGACGCAUAAAAGCAAGCUGGCAGGAAUUAUCGGAUUGUCGACGUGGCUGCCGUUAGCCGACCAGAUCCCCGCGAACAUCAGCGCAAAUGGUCAAGUUCCAAUUUUCAUGGGUCACGGAGACGCCGAUGACAUCGUACCGCGACGGUGGGGCCAGAUGACGGCGACCGCACUUCAGAAGUUCAAUCCGAACGUCAAGUUCAGCGUUUAUGCCGGAAUGGGGCACUCCAGCUGCAAAGAGGAGAUGGACGAAGUAGAGAGUUUCAUUCAGAAUCACCUACCUAAGCAAUAAGCUUGACGAGGACCCCACCAGAAGGACACCGAGCGAGGCAUCCUCCGAUGACGCCAGGCUGCUUUCAGGACUGAUGUAUCAUAUGGAUUGAGUGGUUUCCAGAAUGGAAUCUGUCAGCUGAAGAAAUGUGACUUACUUAGAAGGCUCCUACAGAGGCUUCCAUUCAGUCAAAGAGAUCGUUCGAGAGAGAUGGGAGCUCACUGAGUGCCCCAUAAGCCCAUCGUCGCUUUUCGUUUUCCUCGACUCGAGGAUGGAAUCAUGUUCACGAUUGACGAGCACAUUUGUUUGAGAAUCGGACUGGAGCCGUAGAGAA